AUGGCGGAGCUACUGGAAGCAGCCAUCUCCAUUUCAAUGACGUCGCAUCUGCAAAUUACUGAAAACCUACAUUUUCAAAGCUCUCUCCUCCAUCAGAAGCACUCAAAAGCUUGUCUGUUCAGCUCGCUUUCAAAUUCCAGAACCCUAAAGCAAAAAUCUUCGAAGCCCUUCAAACGCCUCUCUUCAGCAACGUCCCGCCAUCAAUCACCUCUGUCCGACGAAAACCCAUUGCCCCGACUCUCGAAAAACAAACCUUUGAGUGUCGAAAGUAGCAGUAAUUGCUGUAAUCAGACAUCGAAAAGCAAGAGGGUGUUUUUCUUGGAUGUGAAUCCGUUGUGUUACAAAGGGAGCACACGGUGUUUGCACUCUUUUGCUCAUUGGAUUUCGCUCUUCUUUUCCGAUGUCAGCCGAAAUGACCCCGUCAUAGCUGUUCUUGAUGGGGAUAGAUGUAAUGAGUUCAGAAGGCAACUGCUACCAUCAUAUAAAGCCAAUAGAAGGAAAAUACUAAACAAACUCCAUGGCGUGGAAAGGUUUUCAAGAGGUUCUUUUGGAAGAUCACAUGAACUUGUCGUGGAUGUUCUCCGGAAAUGUAAUGUGCCAGUUGUUAAGAUUGAAGGGCAUGAAGCUGAUGAUGUUAUUGCGACACUCGUACAUCAAGUUUUAGUGAAGGGAUAUCGAGCUGUAAUUGCUUCACCAGACAAAGAUUUCAAGCAACUUAUAUCAGAAGAUGUACAAAUUGUUGCACCUAUAUCAGAAUUGAAUAGAUGGUCCUUUUACACACUGAAGCACUACAUAGCUCAGUAUCAUUGCCACCCUCAAUCUGAUCUCAGCUUAAGAUGCAUUUUGGGUGAUGAAAUCGAUGGUGUUCCUGGCAUACAACAUCUUGUUCCUGGUUUUGGUCGAAAAACUGCUCUAAAGCUCUUAACCAAACACGGGUGUUUGGAGAAUUUACUUACUGCUGCCAGUGUGAGAACUGUCGGCAAACAAUAUGCACAAGAAGCCCUUACGAAAUAUGCUGAUUUUCUGCGUAGGAAUUAUGAAGUUCUUUCAUUAAAGAGGGAUGUCAAUAUCCAGAUUGAGGAUCAAUGGCUGUCCAGGAGAGAUGAACUGAAUGACUCUGUAAUCUUAUCCAGCUUUAUGGACUUUUUGAAUAAAAACACGGACCUCAACAGGCAAAAUCGAUCUAUUUCAAAUGGCCUGAAAGCUGGGACAUAG